AUGUCAGCUGAUCGGUUAUAUGAACAAUUACAACAUAAGGAACAAUUAAACACAUUAAACAAUCAAACAACUAAACCAGUUGAAUUGAAAAAAAUUGAAAUUGAAGGUGGUGAAUUUUCUGAUAAUUAUUAUAAUUCAUUAUUGAAUCCAAUUUUAUCAACUAGUCAAGCCAUUCCAUUGAAAGAUUUAAAUUCUGAAUUGAUUAAAUUAAGAGAACAUUUACAAUACUCCGGGCUUUUCAAAGAUAUUUCAAUAAAUGUUGAUUUAGAUGAAAAUUCAUUAAUAAAAAUUUCCAAAAAUGAUUUCUUUCAUGAAAAAGGUGAAAGUAUACCAAUUAUUGCUAAGAUUAAGUUAAAUCAAAUACCACAAUUUAAAUUUUCAAGCUAUUCAACAAGUACUGAUUAUGAUGCAUCAACUGGAUUCCGUUAUUUAGAUCCAAAUUUUUUGAAAAAUGCAUCAUCAUUAUUAAUUGAUAUUAAUUUAAAUUAUGAUCCUUUAAACAAAACACUUAAUAAAAAAAUAUGGGAUUUAACUAUAUUAACUCCUUUUAAGAACUCACCAUCCUAUAGAGCUAUUUUCAAUCCAAUUAUUUCAUCAAUUGAUGCAAAAUCUUGGGCUUCACAUACACAAUUUUCAAGAGGUGGAUUCUUGGGUAUUCAAAAAAAUUUAUCGUUAGAUAAAAACAAUUUCAUCUUAACAAAUGGUGUUUCCAUUAUAAAUAGAACUAUUGGAGAUAUUAGUAAUAGUGCAUCUGAUUCAAUUCGUGCAGAUGCGGGUGAUGAUGUUAAAAUUGGAAUUAUAUCAAAUUUAAAAUAUGAUUCAAUUGAAAAAAUUGGUAGUUUCCCAAUUAAUGGGGUUAAAUUUGAUUUAACAAAUGAAUUUUCUGGUUUCAAUAAUAGUAUUGAUUCAAUUUCACAAAAUAAAGAAGAUUCUGAAUUAAAUAAAUUUAAUAAAUCUGUUUUAAAAUUUGAAAAUUAUAAAUCAUUUUUAAAUAAUAAUUUUACUACAUUAUUUGAUUUCCAAAUUGGUUCAAUCCAUUCCCUUGACUCUAAUAAAUCCAUCCAUAUUAAUGAUCGUUUCCAUUUAGGUGGUAAUGAAUCAUUAAAAGGUUUCCAUUUAAAUUCUGUUGGUUUGAAAAAUGGUAAUGAUUAUAUUGGUGGUUCAUCUUUUUUCAAAACUGGAUUAACAUUUUUCUCUAAAAUUCCAAACAUUUCAAAUAAAUCACCAUUAAGAUUAUAUAAUUAUAUAAAUAUUGGUGAUAAUUUUAAUUAUAAUAAUAAUUUGGAAUUUUUACAAAAAUUAACACAAAACUCUGGUGAUUUGAUUAAGAAUAGUGCAAUUAGUACAGGUUUAGGGUUAGCUUAUAAAUCACCAAAUGCAGUUUUAGAUUUAUCUUAUAAUUUCCCAUUAAGUGAUAGAAGUCAAGAUAAUGCAAAACCUGGUCUUUCAUUUUCAGUUGCAUUGAAUUUUUUUUAA